AUGUUUAAAAGAACGAAGGUGACGGAUGGGACGGCUACUGGCCAAGAUCCCGAUGCAGAGAAUUACAUUGAUAAAGAAGUGGGGAUCAAGAAAAGAUCUAAGGUCCCCGGGGUGAUGAUUACUCAGUUUAUUGAAACACUGCCAGAGGGAAAGAGCCAUCCAGACUUCACCCGCAAGCCAAUUGCCUUGACCAUCCAAGAAGGCAAAUUUGCUUUUUUUAAAGCCAUUGUCACAGGAGACCCAAAGCCGGAUGUAAAAUGGAGCAGAAAUAACGGAGAUGUGUCUGAUGCAUCAAGAUAUCAGUCCAAAUACGAUCCCAACUCCAAUGAGCAUACAUUUGAGAUGCCAAAUGUUAAGCCAGACCAAGCAGAUACCUAUAAGUGUUUUGCCACAAAUGAAUUUGGACAAGCCAUGGUCACUGUUGUUCUAAAUAUUAUUGAAGUUGGUUUCAAAAUGAACAAAACAGGACAGCAACCGGUAGUAGAAGUCACCGAUUUUAAGAAAGUACUAAAAAGGAGAAGUAAAGUACGUCCCAAAGCUGAAGAACCGGAGAAAAAAGAUGGAGAGAUUGAUCCUAAAUUUUGGGAGCUCUUAAUGAGCGCUGACAAGAAAGACUAUGAGAGAAUCUGUGCAGAAUUUGGAGUGACUGACUUUCGCUGGAUGCUCAAGACACUAAAUGAAAUGAAGAAAGAAAGAGAGGAAGAACAAGCUGCGUUCGUCAAAAACCUGUCAAACCUGAAACCUAUCCAUGUCAACUCAGAUGGUACUGCAUCCUUUGAGCUUGACAUGGAUCUUCUUGACCCCAGCAGCUCAAUCUUUCUGUACAAGGACGGUGAAAUGGUUCCUUACACAAAGGAGUUGGGAGACCAGAUGAAGCACUGCCUUAAAAAAGUAGGGAGAAAGUAUAUUUUCACCUUGAGGGAUCUUAUGCCAGAAGAUGCUGGACUGUACCAGGUGGAUGUAGAUGAUGUGAAUAUGUUUUCCACUGACUUUAAAAUUCCCAUGGUGGAUUUCUUGGUGAAAAUUCAGGAAGUAAAGGCAAUAGAGAGAGAAGAUGCUGUUUUUGAGUGUGUCCUAUCAAACCCCUUCUCCAAGAUUAUGUGGUUCGGCAAGAAUCUGCCACUGGAACAAGGGGAUAAAUUUGACAUUGAAGUGUCAGAAGACAUGCUCAUUCACAGGCUGGUGGUCAAAGACUGCAUGGUAAUAGACAAAGGAAUUUAUUCUGCCUGUGCAGGAAUAAAAUCAUGCAAUGCAUGGCUUAUUGUUGAAGCUGAUAAAAGUGUACCAAAGGGAAAGAAAGCUGCAAGGAAAACAACAAGGGCAGGAGGAUCUGGGGAGGAUCUUUCGAAGAUUGCCCAAGAGCAACAAGUUAAACUGGACAAGAAUAGAGAGGAAAGGAAAGAACAAAUUAAAGCUGUGAAAGAAGCUCGAGCAGCUGCAGCAGAUGUCUCCGAUUCAGGAGACAAAACAGGAGCUGCUUCAACUGACGGUCAAUCCAAAGCACCAAAAGCCUCUGACUCAGGUGCGGGAAAGGAUAAAGCAGGAGCAGGAACAGGACCAGCCCAUUCUGCUCAGGGAGCCAAAGGCGGUGCAAGCCAAGACGUUCAACUUGCUGCAGGAGAGCCUGGAAUUUCCUGUGGACUCUCUGAUAUUAAUGCUCUUCGUGGAAAGCCGGCUGAAUUAACAGUGACGAUGAACACAGACUGCGAAGGAGCUUGGUUCAAAGAUGGAGAGCCGUUAACGUCCGGUGGAGGGAUCACCAUAAGCAAAGAUGGAAACACUCACAAGCUGGUUAUUCACAGCUGCAGAGAUGACGACACUGGAGUUCAUCGUUUUGAAUCUGGGAAUCUUAGUACGGAAGCAAAAGUCACAGUUGGAGAUGUACCUGACUUUGACCCAGAUGACCUUCACAAGUUCUCCAAACCUGUGAUUGUAAGAGUGGGCCAGAACGCUGCUUUCAAGAUGCCCUUUACGCCUCAGGAGUCUUUGGUGGUCAGCUGGUUUAAGGAUGGCAUCGAAAUGAAAGAUGGAGGAGGAAUUAAGAUUGUGAGGGAGCCCAAUCACAGUCGGCUGCUUCUCAGAGACUGCCUGCGGUCAGACAUGGGAGAAGUAAAAAUCCAACUUAAAAGCCCAUUUGGAGCAGUGGAGGCCACAUCUAGGCUUAUUGUGCUUGAUCGUCCAGGUCCACCAGAGGGUCCGGUGGAGACCACUGAAACCACCUCAAGUGUAAUUGAGAUUAAAUGGAGCCCUCCCAAAGAUGACGGUGGCUCUCCUGUAACCAACUACAUUAUAGAACGGCUGCAGAAAGGGCACAGUAUGUGGACGAAACUUGGGGAUGUCUCAGCCGACAAGACCUCCUUUAGAGACAGGAAUGUGACUCAUGGAAAGAAAUAUCACUACCGCAUCUUUGCAGAAAACCCAGAGGGCCUCAGCGACGCCCUGGAGACAACUGAUAGCAUUAUGGCUGGCAUAAUGAUACUUUCUGGUCCACCUGGUGCCCCCAAAGUGGUGAGUACCUCUAAGACCUGUAUCAACUUGACUUGGACCCCGCCGGUGGAUGACAAAGGAAUACCAAUCAUUGGUUACCAAUUGGAGAAACGAAAGAAGGACACAACUGAGUGGAUUGCCCUAAAUGCAGUUAAUGAACCUAUUGAAGAUGUGAACUAUGGAGUUAAAGAAGUCACUGAGGGAGCAGAGUAUGAGUUCAGGGUUUCAGCAAUCAAUGAAUCAGGAGCAGGAGAUCUAAGCCCUCCCUCUGCAAUGGCAUGUGCAAAGAAUCCCAACAUGAGACCUUGCUUUAAAGACCCAGAGGACUUCAUUGUUGUCAGGGCAGGAAAUUCUGUACGUGUCAAGGUUUCUUAUGAGGCUGAACCUCCACCUCAAAUCACUUGGCUGAGGGAUGAUGAGCCAAUAUCCCCAUGGAUUGAGGUCAUCAAUACAGAGGGAAUGUCUCAGCUUGUUAUACCUUCAUCAAAGCGCUCAGAUUCAGCCAUCUACACUAUUAAAGCCAAAAACUCUGUGGGCGAGGCUUGCUUUGACAUUGAAGUUAGAGUGACAGAUGAACCCAAGUGCCCAGGGCCAGUGACACUGGAGCAAACAGUCCAUGGCAAAGUGGUAGUAUCGUGGACUCCCUCUCCAGACGAAGAGCUUGAUGACCGACUGUGCUACAUGGUGUCUCAAUGCGACUCUAAUACCAGAAUGUGGAAGACGGCAGUGGACCGCCUCUUCGAUCACACCUACACAGUCAUCAACAUUUACCCUGGGAUAGAGUACCAUUUCCGGGUCUAUGCCAGGAAUGAUAUGGGUCUCUCAGAUCCUUCUCAGUCACCUACAUGGGGUAUCAACAGCAACAGAGUUCCAAUACCAACAAAUGGAGUUACUGGUUAUUCAAUGGGGAUGAACUUUGAGAGGCCGCCAUCCAUCUUGGUCCCUCUAAAGGUCCACACACCACCUAAAGGUUACCAAGUCUUCAUGACAUGUGCUGUCCGAGGAUGCCCCGUGCCCAGUGUGACCUGGUACCUCAACAACAUCUGCAUCAACUCAGACAAAAACUAUUACUUCACCAACUCAUAUGGAGUGUGCUCCAUGUAUAUUCUCAGAGUCCGACCAAAAGACAGCGGUGACUAUAGGGUUGUUGCAGUCAACGCUUUGGGCAAGGCAGAGUGUUCCACUAAACUUACUGUGAAAGAUUGAACUGGUGCAAAGGCUUUGUGAUACAAUUCCUCUUACUGAAAUAUUUUGGAAAACACAGUAAAAAUGAAUGUCAAAUGUUUUGUUGUACUGCAUUGAUUGUAUUGAAAGUGUGAUACUGUUCUCUAAACUGCUACAAGAACUGUCUAAAAUAUUCUAAAUACUAAUUUAUUUAAUUUAUUUGAAUGUUACUGAUUUGCAAUUGUUAACCUGCCAUUAUAAUUCAUUAACUGCAGGGUUGAAAUGAUAAACUAAAAUUUGAAGACUUAUGUCAGGGUUUUUUUUUCAGAAAAGCAAUAGAACAAAUCUAUUUUAACACACUGCAAUAAAUCAACAAACUGCC